UGAUUCUAUGGGUGCUGUGAAAAGAUUUGUGUUGGUUGCUGAUGAAUUCAUAGUUAAAUAGUCACAAUAAAUAUUAAUUUUUGCUUAAUCGAAUACGACUUUCUCUAAUGCGAAGUGUUUAACGGAGUUCUGACUGGCGCUUGAAUAAAUAUUUCUGAAAUUUGCUUUUGCCUUUCAAAUUCGAUAAAUACUUAUAUGAUAUUCUUGUGACAAGUUGAAUUACGCGAGCUUUUUGGAAAAAGUGAGGUGUUGUAUGUUUUUUGGUUACCGAGGUGUCGUUAAAAUGUCCGUCAUUUUUGUGACUGGUAAAUUAUAAAGAAUAUUAAUUUAGGGAAAUUAAGAAAAGAGAUGUACGUAAACACAAUUUUUGUAUGUUUAAUGAACUGUCAUUAUCAAGGUCAGAUUGGUUAUGUACAGUGAAAACUGUUUUUUUAUGUUUGAAAAGUGUUUUGCUGCAGCUUACGAAGUGAGUGAAUUAGUACUUUGUCAAAAUGAUGAAAGGAGGAAAUUCAAACAAAAAGGAGUCCAAGAUGCGAAUCCGCGCAUUUCCAAUGACAAUGGACGAGAAGUAUGUGGAGAGCAUUUGGGCACUGCUUAAAAAUGCUAUUCAAGAAAUUCAGAAGAAAAAUAAUUCUGGAUUAAGUUUUGAAGAAUUAUAUAGGAAUGCUUAUACAAUGGUUCUUCAUAAACAUGGAGAACGUCUGUAUACAGGUCUUAAAGAAGUAGUUACACAACAUUUAGAAACAAAGGUACGGGAGGAUGUUUUGAGAGCUUUACAUAACAAUUUUUUAACUACAUUAAAUCAGGCUUGGAAUGAUCACCAAACUUCUAUGGUAAUGAUACGAGAUAUUCUGAUGUACAUGGAUCGAGUAUAUGUACAACAAAAUGAUGUUGAUAAUGUUUACAACUUAGGUUUGAUUAUAUUUAGGGACCAAGUUGUUCGUUUUGGUCAUGUUAGAGAUCAUUUAUGCGAUACCUUAUUAAAUAUGGUAAUGCGUGAAAGAAGAGGUGAGAAAGUUGAUCGUAUAGCAAUUAAAAAUGCAUGUCAAAUGUUGAUGGUUCUUGGUAUUAACUCACGAUCAGUAUAUGAAGAAGACUUUGAGAGACCUUUUUUGCAACAAUCUGCUGAGUUUUACAAGGUCGAAAGUCAGAAAUUUUUAGAAGAAAAUAGUGCAUCUGUUUAUAUAAAAAAAGUAGAAACGAGAAUUAAUGAAGAAUCGGAACGGGCCAAGCAUUAUUUAGACGAAUCCACGGAACCGCGUAUUGUGGAAGUAGUUGAAGAAGAACUCAUAAAAAAACAUAUGAAAACUAUCGUUGAAAUGGAAAAUUCCGGAGUCGUACAUAUGCUUAAGAACCAAAAGACCGAGGAUCUUGCGUGUAUGUACAAGUUGUUUGGACGAGUUCAAGAUGGUUUAAAAACGAUUGCUGACUGUGUAAGCCAUUACUUACGUGAACAAGGUAAAGCUCUUGUUCAAGAGGAAGAGCAUCAGUCACCUACAAACGCAAUUACAUUCGUCCAAGCACUCUUGGAUUUGAAAGAUCGCUUUGACCAUUUUCUAGUUAAUUCGUUUAAUAAUGAUAAAAUUUUUAAACAGAUGAUUGCGUCUGAUUUUGAACAUUUUCUUAAUUUAAAUCCUAAAUCACCCGAAUAUCUUUCACUUUUUAUUGAUGAUAAACUGAAAAAAGGUGUAAAAGGGAUGUCAGAGCAAGAGAUUGAGCAUGUCCUCGACAAGUCAAUGGUACUUUUUAGAUUUUUACAAGAAAAGGAUGUCUUCGAACGUUAUUAUAAGCAACAUUUGGCGAAACGAUUAUUGUUAAACAAAUCAGUUAGUGAUGAUUGGGAAAAAAAUAUGAUUUCGAAAUUAAAGACCGAAUGUGGUUGUCAAUUUACUUCAAAAUUGGAGGGUAUGUUUAAGGAUAUGACUGUUUCAAACACGAUUAUGGAAGAGUUUAAAGAGCACGUGUCUAAAUCAGAGAUAAAUUUAGCUGGCGUUGAUUUAUUUAUGCGGGUUUUAACAACCGGAUUUUGGCCGACACAAAGCGCCACUCCUAAGUGCCACAUACCUCCCGGUCCUUUAGCUGCAUUUGAUACAUUUAGAAGAUUCUAUUUAGGAAAGCAUAGCGGUAGACAACUCACCCUCCAACCUCAGUUGGGUAAUGCAGAUUUAAAUGCUGUUUUCUACGGUCCGAAAAGAGAAGACUGUGACAAAGACGGAGCUUGUUCCUCGUCGACUAGUUUGUUGUCGAAUAGAUCUGGACCUCGGAAACAUAUAAUACAAGUUUCUACUUAUCAAAUGGUUAUAUUAAUGUUAUUCAACAAUCACGAAAAGUUAACGUAUGAAGAAAUACAGAAUGAGACCGAUAUUCCAGAAAGGGAUCUAAUACGAGCAUUACAAUCGUUGGCUAUGGGCAAGGCAAGUCAACGUAUACUUAUUAAGAAUCCCAAAACGAAAGACAUUGAGUCAUCUAAUGAAUUCUUCGUAAAUGACUCGUUUACGUCGAAACUCCAUCGGGUCAAAAUACAGACUGUAGCAGCGAAAGGCGAAAGUGAACCUGAGCGCAGGGAGACUAGAAAUAAAGUAGAUGAAGAUCGGAAACACGAGAUAGAAGCAGCAAUCGUUCGUAUUAUGAAAUCAAGAAAACGAAUGGCUCAUAAUUUACUGGUAACCGAAGUGACUGAACAAUUAAAGAGCAGAUUUCUACCGUCACCGGUCAUCAUUAAGAAAAGGAUAGAGGGUCUGAUUGAGCGCGAGUAUCUAGCCAGGACGCCAGAAAACAGGAAAGAGUACACUUAUGUGGCUUGAGCUCUUUUUUUAGGGACUUAAAGUUUAUUACUAUUAUGCAGGUUGGAAUAAGACUGUUUUAGUUGAAAAAAAAAAAAGAAACAGAAACGGGCACUUCUUGCCUUCAGAUGAUGAUAUUACAAGGAGUCUCGCCUCAUUCAGGGCUAUUAUUAUUAUUAUUUAAAACGUAAAUUUAUUAAACUAUUCCAAUUAAAGUUUAUAGCUUUGUCA